AAAGCGCUGCUCGCCAUGGUGUGUCCCUCGGCGGUCGCCGUAGCCGCUGCUCCUCCCUCUGGGAGGGGCCGGGGCUGCGCGGGGCGGUGGGACGGCGCGCUUUUCAACCGCCAUGAGCUUGUGGGUGGACAAGUACCGGCCCAGCGCCCUCGGCCGCCUGGACUUUCACCGCGAGCAGGCGGCGCAGCUCCGCAGCCUGGUGAGAGGUUCUGCCGUUCGCUGCAGGACCCGCUUCUGCGGGUUCAGUGCGGUGACUUCCCUCAUCUGUUGGUGUAUGGGCCAUCAGGAGCUGGAAAGAAGACAAGAAUAAUGUGUUUGUUAAGAGAACUGUAUGGUGCAGGUGUGGAAAAACUGAGGAUCGAGCAUCAGAGUAUAACGGCACCUUCUAAAAAGAAAAUUGAAAUUAGCACGAUUGCAAGUAAUUAUCACCUUGAAGUUAACCCAAGUGAUGCUGGAAAUAAUGACCGUGUAGUAAUUCAGGAACUCUUGAAGACAGUAGCACAAUCCCAACAGCUUGAGACAAGUACUCAACGAGACUUUAAAGUGGUGCUGUUAACAGAGGUCGACAAACUCACCAAAGAUGCCCAGCAUGCUUUGCGAAGAACAAUGGAGAAGUACAUGGCAACCUGCAGACUUAUCCUGUGCUGCAACUCCAUAUCAAAAAUUAUAGGACCUAUUCAAAGCAGAUGCCUGACUGUACGAGUGCCUGCUCCCAGCACUGAAGAUAUCUGCCAUGUGUUGUCCAGUGUGUGUAAGAAAGAGGGCCUGACUCUUCCUCAGGAACUGGCUCAAAGGAUUGCAGAGAAAUCUGGCAGGAAUCUUCGGAAAGCACUGCUUAUGUGUGAGUCUUGCAGAGUACAACAGUAUCCUUUCAGUGCUGAUCAAGACAUUCCUGAGAUGGACUGGGAAAUUUAUCUGAGAGAAACUGCAAAUGCUAUUGUCAGUCAACAGACACCGCAAAGACUUCUGGAGGUUCGUGGACGGCUUUAUGAACUCCUAACACACUGCAUUCCUCCUGAGAUUAUAAUGAAGGGUCUCCUGACAGAACUUUUGAAUAACUGUGAUGGACAGCUGAAAGGAGAAGUUGCACAGAUGGCAGCCUUCUAUGAACACCGCUUGCAACUGGGCAGCAAAGCCAUUUAUCAUCUUGAAGCAUUUGUAGCAAAGUUUAUGGCAAUUUACAAGAAAUUUAUGGAGGAUGGACUAGAUGACAUGAUGUUCUAAGCUCGAUACCUGAAGUUGUAUACAAAAUGUUGUAUCAUAAGUAUGCCAUGUUAUUUUUCUGCUGUCCAUGUCUGUUGGCAUGUGGGUCUAGUUCAAAAUCAAAUAUUUUAUUUCCUGAUGAUGUAAACCACAAUGAACUAAGGAACAGUGUUCAGUUUUGGAAACCAGAUGGAUUGUUUAACAGCAUCAGUAGAUCUAUACAAAAUACUUUGUGCUUUCAGGAAGGCAAAAGAUUGGCUUCGAAGAUGGAUUAGAUGGUAGUCUGCUUGUAGUAUUUGUAAGCUUACGUUAAGAGGAGAGAACAUGCUUAUUGGUUUAUUAAUUGUUCAGGGCCGGAGCUGUUUGAAAAACAUAUAUAUAUCCAUGUGUGGUAAAUUACCAUUUGAGCACAUAUGUAUAUAUAUUAUGCCGACUCAGUUAUAUAUUGCAUUGUUUGUCUGUUUUUGUUGUAGCCACAAUGUUAUCAGUGAUGUGGUGACAGUGUUUUCUGACUCACAUUUGUAUCAGUUGUGUUGAAAUUAAAUGAGUAAUACUUUUGUACUGCUUGUAAGUCAGUUGGACAGCAUCAAACUUUGUUUAGAAGGAAUAUACCCAUACAAAGUAAGACCACAUGCCAGCUGAUGCUUUCAUGUUAGUUUCAACACACAUAACCACUCAGGUAAAGAUUAUUCCUUUGACUCUGGUAUAAACAGUGGUAAGGUUUCAAAUUUUAACAAGCACAUCUUUAUAAGAAGUGAAAGAAAAGAAUGUGAACAACAAAUUAAAUACUGAAUUGAUGUUUUACACUAUGUAGGUGAUUACCUUAAACUCUUAAACCAGGUGUAUGCCUUCAUUUACUUUGAUGUAAACUGUCUUUCAGAAAAGUGGGGCAAUACUCCCUAGUGUAAGUCUUCAGGGAGACAUCAAAGUAAAAGCAGCUAUGCCAAUUUGUUCUGCAGGUCUUUCAUGUGUUAUUCCUAUGUAUUAUGGUACCCUAACAUUGACUAAAUUGAUGCUAUUUGUCACGUUCACUUGUUUGAUUUAGACAACUGCUAGAUACCUGGAAAAAAAUUAUAUAGAAACGAAUUAAAUUUCCCAAUCACCUCUCCUCAUUCAUAGUCUUUGGAAGCUUGACUAUCUAUGUGUGUUCUGUUAAUACACCUCUUACCUUCCUC